AUGAAGUUGAAUAUAGCGUUUCCAACUACUGGAUGUCAAAAGGUUUUUGAAAUCGAUGAUGAGAAGAAGUUACGAAUUUUUUAUGAGAAAAGAAUGGCCCAAGAAGUUGAGGCUGAUGCGUUAGGAGAUGAGUGGAAGGGGUACAUUUUGCGAAUCACUGGUGGUAAUGAUAAGCAAGGUUUUCCAAUGAAGCAAGGUGUCUUGACUAAUGGACGUGUACGUUUAUUGCUGUCAAAAGGACACUCAUGCUACCGUUCACGUCGUGACGGAGAACGCAAACGGAAGUCAGUUCGUGGCUGUAUUGUUGAUGCAAAUCUAUCUGCCCUUUCAUUGAUUAUUGUAAAAAAAGGUGAACAUGAUAUCCCAGGUCUAACAGACACUACAGUUCCCCGCCGUUUGGGUCCCAAGCGAGCCUCAAAAAUCCGCAAGUUAUUCAACUUGACGAAAAAUGAUGAUGUUAGGAAAUACGUGAUCCGUCGCAAGCUACCAGAUAAAGGAGCGCCAAAGAUCCAACGGUUGAUAACACCUGUAGUGUUACAACGUAAGAGGAGGCGUUUAGCGCUUAAGGUAAAACGAAGUGUAAAACGGCGUGAGGAAGAAGCUCAGUACCGUAAAAUGAUGAUGCAAUAUGCAAAGGAAAAACAAGCUGCCAAAACUGCCCGUCGCUCAACAGCAUCACAUCAUGAAUCAGAAUCAGCAAAGCACAGCAAAAGCAGUUAG